CCGACCACACCACCCCAACGUCGGCCUCCCCGCCGACGACGAUCCUAGAGCCACUCUCGUUUUCCAUAUCCUACGCCCAGUCUUUCAUCCCGAGCCACCUCGGCCAUCGCCCGAGACAUGCGCGAGUCCAACUUCGCGUUCCCAGCCCAGAAUCGGGCGUGCGUAUGCAUCUCCUCACAGCUCUAUGACAGAAGAGCUCUCGACACGAACUCUCCCCUUCCGCUCUUCAACUCCCUUACCCAUCUCGUCUAUCUCACCUCAACCUCUCCGCGCAUUCGCGAGAUCAUGACCAUGGACGGCGGUCUCGAACGUCUCGUCCGCAUCCUGCACGACUUUUGCAUCUCCCCGCCACCGCCGGACAAUCCUGCCAGUUUCUACGGUCUAUCACCCGCCGGCGUCCAUGCGCCCAAGCCUGUUCCGACUCUACUCCCCAAGACUUACGACAAGCACGCCGCGUAUCGGUUCUCCCUCGCUUUCCAGUGUAUUGUGAACAUCGGCGUCCGUGGAAGUGAACCAAUCCGCAGUCGCGUCGUCCAGGCCGGAACACUCGAGGUCGUCGGUUGCAUUCUCGAGGCGUGGCUCGCUAGCAAAGGCUUCCCCAUCGGCCCCAGCCUCGGCGCUAACGGCAUGCCUAGGGAGACCAGAGAACAGCGUCUCGCGAGACGGCAGGCACAGCUUGAGAAUAGGCAACGCGAGCAAGCCGCGGCAAUAGCGCGCGCGCUCGAGCGUCAGCUCGCCGCCGAGCGUUUGCAUAGACCAAAUGACGCAUCCAACCAAUCUAUCGACAUCUCGCAAGACGAGCCCAUGCAGACCGAUCAAGCUACCCCUGGCGCUUCUCGCGCACAAGACACCGAUACCUCCGCAGAUACCUCUACCAACGCCACUCCUAACGGCGGCAAUACCCCUACUGGCACCGUCGCCGUGCCCGCCAGAGACCGUAGCGGCACCAUCAUUGCACGUCCUGUGUGGGAUCAACCUACGAACGCCGGCGGCGCCAACGCACGACGACCCCACCGGUCGCGCCUCAACGUACCUGCGGCCUCUGCAGGUCCAUCGACUUCGACAUCCGCAGCCAACUCACGACCAGAAACGGAGACCGAGGACGAUGGUGACGUCGACAUGGACCGCGAGAGCCGCGAUGGCGACGCUCCCUCACCAUCACCUGAGCGUCAGCCCUCAGACACAGGCACGAUCCGUGCUACUCACUCCCGCCGCGCCGUUGGCAUCGUCACCGAUGCUGCUGGGCCGGCUGGGCCGGGUGCGUCGAUGGACAUGAACUCGGACCCUCAUAUCGUGAUAAACGACGAGGGUGUCGUCACCGGAGUUGGCGUCGAGGACGGGAUCGUCUCCCUUGAAGCCAACGACGACUUUGCUAUGGGCGCGCCCCCUGGGGCUCCUGGUGCGAUCGAUGGACCUCCCGCGCGUGCGGUAGCUGACACGCAUGCAGGGGCGGGCGAGCGCACACCGCGCGCCGGGACCGCUAACCUUCCCAUGACAGUUGCACGACCCACGAUGGCGGGCGCCUUUCUCACUGCCCCCGCCACGGAGCUCCCUAGGCCGACUGAGGGUGCGACGCCCCCGCGGGGUACUGUCCGAGGUGCGAACACGGGCAACAACGCUGCGACGGCUACACCUGGCGGCGCCGCGCACCACCACCACCAUCACCAUCACGCGCGCGAGGCGGAGACGGGACCAUAUCGCGAUGAGGACGUCCUGUUGAGCCUGCAACUCUUGGCUUAUCUGAGCAAGUACCCGCACUGCAGGGAAGCGUUUUACACCAUGCGCCCCAGCUUCCACCCGGCGACGCUUCAACUCGCGAGUGAAGGCCGGUAUGGGCAAGCGUCUUCCAGCAGCACCACGAGCGGUGCGUCCGCCUCCGCGUCAGCGGCGACGGCAUCGUCGAGUCGUGUUGCGCCGGCGGCCACCACGAGCGGCUCCACGAACAAGGACACGCAUCCAUUCGUGAAGGCGUUUAACAUCGCGGCCGGACGCGGCAAGGAGAAGGAGAAAGAACGGACGUCGUCGUCUUCGUCCACCGCGACCUCCAGCACCGCCGCGGCGAGCGCCAGCGGCAGCAGUCGUCCAAGGAUGACGAAUGUGUUCGCGCUAGUGGAGCGGUUCACAUACCGGCAUAGCUCGUCGGAGCUCGAGUCGUCGAACCCCCCGCCGAGCCUGCCUCCGGAGAUCCAGUACUGGGCGGGCGUUAUCAUGCGGAACGCGUGUCGGAAGGACGACAGUCGUGGGGGCAUUCGGCAGUGUGCGAAUAUGUUGUGUGGGAAGUGGGAGCGGUUCCCGCGGGAGUUCGCGAAGUGCAGACGAUGCCGGAAGGCGAAGUACUGCGGGAAGGAGUGCCAGAGCACGGCGUGGAGCGAGGGCCACCGGUUCUGGUGCAGUGCGAAAGACCCCGAGGAGGACGGCGAACACCAUCACCACCAUGGCGAAAGCUCGCGCGGUCCUGCUGGUGCUGGCGGACCUCCCCCGACCGCGGUGGCCGCUGCGGCAGCAGCUGGUGGACCUGGGGUCAGCGUGACGGCCGGCGGGACUGUCGUUGGGCGCUCGGAGAGGAGAGAGGCGAGGGAACGGGAGAGGCAGGCGAGGGCGGUCGCGGCAGAGACCCGGCUGGCCGCGGAGGACCGCGGGACCGCGCCCGACGCCUCACAGAGGACGCGGGAGGCAAGUGGUGCGCGUCGAGCGCAGGACGCGAGGUGGCGGGCGGACAUGAACGCCGUGCUCAUGAACGACGCGCCGCCCGAGCUGCGGCAGGCGCUCGAGGGCGUCACCGCGCAAGCUGGCGCCGAGGCGACGCCUGGGACGACUGCGACUGCGAUGGGACCAGCCACUGCGGCUCUGGCGGCGGCGCGGCAGGCGUUGCCUGCGCUCACGGCCAUCAUGGAAGGGACGUGGACGUACCCUCCGCGCGCCGGGCAGCCGCAGCUGAGGUGGGGAGUCACAGCUACCGACGCCACGGGGAGGAUGCAGGACGAUGAGUUGCGGCGGCUGGUGCAAGGAAUCCAGGCAGCUGCACGGGCGCGGGGGGACGGCGAGCCUGCAGCAGGGCCGUCUCGGACGGGUGAGGAGCGCGAGGAGGACGUGGAUAUGAUGAUCGACUGAGUCCGUCUGCCUCUCUCUCGUCGUUCGCCCGGCCAUGGACAGUCUGAGGAUAGUUUAAUAGACUCGGUGUGGUAGAUACAGCCCGCGCCUCGCUUUCUGUGCUCGUCCCCGUCGACAUUCGCAAUGUACACUACUCGCACAUCCUACUCGAAUACGCCCAUAUAUUCCCC